UUCUGUUAUCGUGCAAGUUCACGCUGCGUAUCAGACGUGCUUGUGUCGUCGUCACGAUAAAUGCGGAACACUCUGCGAAGGAACGUCGCGCCAUGUUCGUUUACUCCCCGUAACACAGGCUCUGAGUGUCCGACGUGCAGCAGAAUGAGUGCCUCAAGGGAGCGAUGCACCAGCACGCAUUUCGUGAAAGGCUUUGCCGAGUCUGAUUCUAUCGCGGGCCCGUCUGAAUGUCAAGGAGGACGGCGCCGUUCUUGACGACCGUGACAGAGGCGUCAGCCCUCGACCUUUCAACGCAUUUUCUACAAAACCAUCUGUGCCCGACCAGCAACGGAAUAAGCAACUAUUCACGAUCAAUGACCCAUGGAUUUGACACGACGCCGAAGCAGCGACACAGGAACAUGUUUGUCUGCCGACGAUGGCUUUUCAUGGUCGGCGAAGAUGAAGAUAGGACCAACGCGCGCGUGUUGAGCACCUGCUAGGAACACGGAGAAGAAGAAGAAGAAGAAGAGAUGCCACGGAAGACAAGUGCUCUGGUUCAUGACGGCUCGCCUUUGCCUGAGUCUACGCAGUAUCACGUGGCCACAGAAAUCCGGACAUCUUGCGUGUGGAACGCCACCUGCGUGUUGUGCUUCCUGAUGGCAGCCGCGUCCGGUUCGUGCGCCGCUUUCUACUUCGGCGAGGACGUGUCUCGAUGGCUGCAGGCAAAGCGGGGCGUCUGCUUCACCUCGAGCUGCCUCCGGCUGGCCGAUCAGAUUGUCGCCACCGUAGACAUGGGCACCGACCCGUGCGACGACUUUUACCUCUUCUCGUGCGGCGCUUACAACCACACGGGCACCUCCCUGCCAACCGGCCACCCUCCCGACCAACUACUCCGCAGGGUCCGCACGCUCAUGAAGCACUGGGCGCUGGAGUACAGGACACCCACUCAGCUGCAGGUCUCCGCGUCUCUCUACCAGGGCUGUGUCGCCGUCGCCAGGGACCAGGUCAGGGGCGUGAGACACCUCCUUCACUUCAUGCGCAAGCACCGCAUCGACGUCUUCAAGCACGAAACGAGCGCCGAUCCCCUGGACGUCAUCUUGAAGCUGGCCGUUCGCUACGACAUCAAGACGCUGUUCGAACUAGCCGUGGAAAAUCGCCUCCUCGUCGUACGCCGCCGCCGGGACCUCGCCGACUGGGCGGUGCGGCGUCUGGCGCUGAUCAAGAACCACACGUACGACGAGUACCUCGGAAGCACGUUCGCACUGCUGGGCAUCACGACCCGCGUGGUGAUCACAUUUAUGGUCGGAUCGGUCUGGCACACGGAAGACAUCGUCCUGCGCCUCUUCUCCAGGAUGAAGAAGCACGACGGCGCGUUGGUGUUCUUCAAUCUCACCGAGCGCGGAGUCCUCGACCGUCCCGAGUGGAGGAGCCACCUGGGUCACGUCUGGAACCGGGUCGCCGUGAAGGGCGCGCCCGUGGCGGCGUUUCUGAACCGUAUCUUCCGAGACAUGACGUCGCUCGCCAUUGCCCAGUACGUGUCCUGGGAGGUGGUCCGGCAGCUGGGUCCGUUCGCCGACUUCCGCCUGCGGGCGCCCUACGAGUCAGACGCGUACACCGAAGACCGCUGCUUUCGCGCCGUGUAUGAAGUCGCUGGCCUCGCGCCUCUCGCGGUCGUCAUGGCCCAGGACGUCGGCACCGACACCGUCCUCGCGGCUGCCACCUUUCUGGAGACGCUUCUGCAGGACGUGGGUGCCACAGACGUCACCCUGCGACUGCUCGACCCGAAACGUCUUCUCGGUGAAACACUUCGCGGUGCCUAUGCACCGACGAUCAGUGGUGUGGAAGACGGCGAAAGCGAUUCCUUUCUGACGUCCUACGUCCGGGCCCUCAUGACGUCCAGGCAACGAGAGUUUGACGGCCUGGACUCUCCCGACCCCGCUCUUAGCACUGAAGACGUUUUAUCCUACCGGGCAGUGGUGGAAGGCGACCGGCUCACCGUACCGACCUCUCUGCUCACAUGGCCAUGGUUUUCGCGCGACUUUCCGCGAAGCUUCAAUUAUGCUGGCCUUGGCUUCGUUAUUCUCGAAGCACUGGUUCGAUCCGGGUUCAAGCUUGAGAUUCAGCACGAGCACACUGUCGGCAUUACAGCGGUGAAACCGGUUUGGACACCAACCGCAGGUUGCAACGACACGUCCGGUCCCAGUGGUCGAGCACUGGAGGCUCUCCUUCAAGUGCUGAAUCUGAGAGGUCGUGAGCGGUACCCGUUGAGGUUGCCAGGAGAACUUGAGGUGCUCAACGAGAACCAGCUGUUGUUCCUCGCCUUCUGCUUUCGCGGCUGCGCGAGGAACGACACCAGCAGCGACACGUGCAACGAUGUUCUGCGACGCAUGUGGCACUUCGGUAACACCUUCCAGUGCAUGCCUGGCGAUUAUAUGCAUCCCAAGGCACUGUCGGGUUGUGCGGUGAAUCCCGAAAUUGGCGCGCGCUCUCUGUUCACUGGAGAAAUAGUAAGAAACGCUGCCCGUAAGAUUUCGACGAUGAUGUUUAGCAACGAUACCCUGGACCGCUUAAAACUCUUGUUUCAAUAUCCUAAACGUCGUCGCUGAUGCAUGAACUGAAGAUAAAAGCAAAAGUAGUAGUUUGGAAGGGUUCUUUAAUGAUAGCGUCACAGUUGCUUAGUUGUGUAAGCUCCGUAGGUGGUCGAAUGCAUGUAUUUGUCGCCAACUGUCUCUCUCGUUCAACUUUUGUUGGGUAGGUUGAUAUUGUCACGCCAAUUGGACAGAAUGUGCACUUGAGUUGGAACUUAUGAUUUACUCUUGUCGCUAACUGUUCACAGUGUUAUUUAAAAUAAGCGCAUUAUUAUCGCGA